AACAACAUUUUUCAUCUCUAGCCUUUCUCACAAAAUAUCGUGUAAAAUUUCACCAUGUCCAUUGUCCCAGCGAAAGCAAAUCUGAGCUUCUCCAUUGAAAACAUUCUUAAGGAAGAAAACUCUUCGGAAAGCUCUUAUUUAUCCAGACCUGAUGAUAAUAGUGAUAAUAAUGAUACAAUAACUCUUCAAAAAGGAACCUCUUCGCCUGAGACAUCUUUGAAAAGCGAUCUUCCAUGGCUGGCUUAUACUCGUUAUUGUCCGCCCAAAAUCCCAAGGUCAAGAAAUCGUAAAACAGUUAACAAGCGGAAAGUAAGUGGGGGUCCAAGAGUACCAUUCUCGUCAGAACAGCUACUGGAGUUGGAGAAAAACUACGAGGACACUCAUUAUGUUACUGCAGCCAAAGUUUUACAACUUUCUAGCGAGUUAAAACUUCCAGGAAACCGCAUCAAGAUUUGGUUUCAGAACCGUCGUGCACGGGAAAAAAAGAAGGCUAAGAAGCUGGGAAAUUAUAAGAACCAACAACUUUCUGCAAACGAGAUAUGUGCCGAGACCACCCUUUCACCUCAUGAAAAAAUCGGUCAGAAUAGAAGCUGUUUAUCACAAUUUUACCCUGCUCCUAUUGGGAGGAGAGAGUCCGCUUUCUCUCCAAUGUUUAUGUCUCAGUUAGCUCAUACCGGUUGUCCAUUAAAGAGGAAUCUCGCAUGGCCUGGUACAUCAAACGUGCCUCGGGUCCUUAACCUAAAGUACAUUAACUGCGAUUUGUACAAAAGACUCAGUUGUUUUGUUCAAUGUACAUAGCAUGUGAGAUGUCCCUACAACAAACAACUGUUGAGUGUGAAAAACUUUAGAAAGAUAAAUUUGAUUCGUUGACAUUUAAUAAAGAAGAUAGUAUACUUUGAU